AAAGGAGGGACUUCAUAUAACAUAAUUUCCGUUGUAUUCUUCGCUUGAAAGUCAGUGACGAUUGACGGGAGUGCAUUAGCUUAGUGGCUGUUGAUGGACCAUCCUUAUGAAAACACAAAGCUACAAUGGGACAGAAUACCUCAGAGCAAGAGGACCAAGAAGGACCCUUCCCGGACAGAUUUGAAAACCUCAAGACGUUUGUGGAGGAGGAGCUACAGACGAGCAUGAUGGUGGGAUUAGUUAUUGGCGCUGGCGUCGCCAUAGUCCUCAUCGCCAUCCUCAUCUUCUUCAUCUUGCGGCGGAUCCGGCUCCGAAACAUAGAGGCUGAAGAGGCACCGAAGUAUCGCUUCCGCAAGAGAGACAAAGUCAUGUUCUACGGACGAAAGAUUAUGCGGAAAGUUUCCCAGUCUACCUCUUCGCUGGUGGGGGCUUCCUCCUCUUCUUCUCGUCCACGCCUAAAGAAAAAGCAGAAAAUGCUCAACAUUGCCAAAAAGAUCCUGCGCUUCAAGAAGGAGGUGCCCAUCCUGCAGGCGAAGGAACCCCCUCCCUCAGUGCUGGAGGCAGAUCUCACUGAAUUCGACGUGGCCAACUCCCACCUCCCGUCCGAAGUGCUCUACAUGCUCAAAAAUGUCCGGGUUUUGGGUCACUUUGAGAAGCCGCUCUUCCUGGAGCUGUGCAAGCACAUGGUGUUUCUGCAGUUCCAGCAGGGGGAGCACGUCUUCAGGCCAGGACAGCCUGACAGCAGCAUCUACGUGGUUCAGGACGGAAAGCUAGAACUGUGCCUUACAGGGGUGGAUGGCAAAGAGAGUGUGGUCAAGGAGGUUUUUGCUGGAGACAGUGUUCACAGCCUCCUCAGCAUUCUGGAUGUCAUUACAGGCCAUCAGAAGCCUUACAGAACAAUGUCGGCUCGAGCUGCAGAGGUCACCACUGUUCUCCGUUUGCCUGUCGAGGCCUUCCUCGCCAUCUUUGAGAAGUAUCCCGAGAGUCUGGUGCGAGUAGUUCAGAUUAUCAUGGUGCGCCUCCAGAGGGUGACAGUCCUGGCCCUGCACAACUACCUGGGGCUGACCAAUGAACUGUUCAGUCACGAAAUGCUUCCUUCCCGUCUCCCGCCGACGUCUCCCCACGCGCCGCGCACCAGCCCCAUCCGCCAUGGGAAGCGAUUUGGCAGCCUGAGCGUUUCAGAGGAGCAUCGGGAAGCUGCCGUUAAAGGUGAAGCUUCAGGGGCGGACCAAGGAAAAGAAGGAGGUCCACCAAAUCUCAGCAGGACAAUUUCCAUGCCGGUGGACAUCUCUGGUAUUCAGAAAAGUGUGAAGUCAGAUUUUGACAUGGCGUUCGAACGAGGACGGAUUUCUACCUCUGCUGAAGACGGCAACACACCUCCAACCUUCAGUCGGUCCGUUUCCCACGAACAGCGUGAGAGGAAAGUGACGGUGGAAGAAGUUCCAUCAGGGAUCUAUUUGUAUCCUGAGGAGGAAUCGGGCGUGGACAACAUCUUCACACCGUCAUCCAGUCGGUGCAACGCUUCGCUCUUUGAGGAAGCUCAAAAAGAAGUUCUCAGACUCAUGCAAAUUGAGGAUCCAGGUUUGUUACGUGGGAAAGCGUCUAUGCACCACGCGAAAGCUGGAGCCGUUUUAGCAAGACAGGGAGACCAGGAUGUGAGCCUGCACUUCGUCCUGUCUGGUUGCCUGCAUGUUUACCAGCGAAUGAUCGACAAGCAGGAGGCCGUCUGCUUGUUUGUGACCCACCCAGGAGAGAUGGUAGGCCAGCUCGCGGUGCUCACCGGAGAGCCCCUUAUCUUUACCAUUAAGGCUGUCCGAGACUGUACUUACCUGAAGAUCUCAAAGUCAGAUUUCUAUGAGAUUAUGAAGGAACAGCCCAGCGUGGUGCUGAGUGUGGCCCACACUGUGGCCGCUCGAAUGUCGGCUUUUGUCAGGCAGAUGGACUUUGCAAUCGACUGGAUGGCUGUUGAAGCCGGCAGAGCCCUCUACAGACAAGACGACCAAUCGGACUGCACCUACAUCAUCCUGAAUGGACGACUGCGAUCGGUCAUCCGUAAGGCGAACGGCAAGAAGGAGCUGGUUGGGGAAUACGGCAGAGGAGACCUCAUUGGCGUCGUGGAGGCGUUGACCAAGCAGCCCAGAGCCACCACCGUGCACGCCGUGAGGGACACGGAGCUGGUCAAGCUGCCGGAGGGAACGCUCAACAACAUCAAGAGACGAUACCCGCAGGUAGUGACGAGGUUGAUCCACUUGUUGGGCCAGAAGAUUCUGGGGAACCUGCAGCAGGGUCGGGGGCCGUUCUCAGGUUCGGCGCUGAGUUUGCCAAGUAUGAGGAAAAGUGCAGAUGUCACCAACCCCGCUAGUAACCUCUCCACCGUGGCUGUGCUUCCUGUGGGUGACGAAGUGCCAAUAAGCGCCUUUAACUUGGAGCUCAGCCACGCCCUCAGUGCCAUUGGCCCCACUCUGCUUCUCACCAGUGACAUCAUCAGGGAGCGCCUGGGAGCCUCUGCUCUGGACAGCAUCUACGAGUACCGUCUUUCUGGCUGGCUGGCCCAGCAGGAGGACAUCAAUCGAAUCGUCCUGUACCAGACGGACAGCAGCAUGACGCCGUGGACGCAGCGCUGCAUCCGGCAGGCUGACUGCAUCCUGAUAGUGGGCGUGGGGGAUCAGGAGCCCGCUCUGGGGGAGUUGGAGCAGAUGCUGGAAAACACGGCCGUCCGCGCGCUAAAGAAGCUCAUCCUGCUGCACAGAGAAGAUGGACCCGGUCCGUCCAGAACCGUGGAGUGGCUCAACAUGCGCAGCUGGUGCUCGGGUCAUCUCCACCUGAAGUGUCCCCGCAGGGUCUUCUCCAGACGUAGCCCCACCAAGCUGAGGGAAGUUUAUGAGAAGGUGUUUCAGAAAACGGCGGACAGACACAGCGAUUUCUCUCGGCUGGCCCGAGUUCUCACUGGAAACAGCAUCGCGCUCGUGCUGGGUGGAGGCGGAGCCAGAGGCUGCUCACAUGUGGGGGUGAUUAAAGCGAUGGAGGAAUCCGGGAUUCCCAUCGACAUCGUGGGCGGCACGUCCAUCGGCUCGUUCAUCGGAGCUCUGUAUGCCGAGGAAAGGAGCGCCGUUCGGACCAAACAGAGAGCCAAAGAAUGGUCCAAGGCGAUGAAUUCGGUAUUUAAAACGGUCCUGGACCUCACCUAUCCCAUCACUUCCAUGUUCUCCGGCUCGGCCUUCAACACCAGCAUCUAUAAUGUAUUUGAGGACAAGCAAAUUGAGGACCUGUGGCUCCCAUACUUCAACGUCACCACGGACAUCACAGCGUCGGCCAUGCGCGUCCAUCAGGACGGUUGCGUCUGGCGCUAUGUUAGAGCCAGCGCCUCCUACACCCCCUAUUUACCUCCCCUGUGCGACCCCAAGGAUGGCCACUUGCUUGUGGAUGGUUGCUAUGUUAACAAUGUCCCAGGCUCUCUGUGGCGCUAUGUACGGGCGAGCAUGACCCUCUCGGGGUACCUGCCGCCUCUCUGCGACCCCAAAGACGGCAACUUGCUAAUGGACGGUGGCUACAUCAACAACCUGCCAGCGGACAUUGCGAGAAACGUGGGCACCAGGACGGUCAUCGCCAUCGAUGUGGGCAGCCAGGACGAGACGGACCUCUGUAACUACGGCGACAGCCUGUCUGGCUGGUGGCUGCUCUGGAAGCGGAUCAAUCCCUGGGCAGAAAAAGUUAAGGUGCCGGACAUGGCGGAGAUCCAGUCACGCUUGGCAUAUGUGUCCUGUGUGCGGCAGCUAGAGGUGGUAAAGAAAAGUGCCUACUGCGAGUACAUCAGACCGCCCAUCGACCGCUUCAAGACCAUGGACUUUGGCAAGUUUGAUGAGAUCUAUGAGAUCGGUUAUCAGCACGCCAAGAUGCUGUUCACCGGCUGGGCUCGGGGCGACAUCAUCAUGAACAUGCUGAGGGAUCACCGCUCGGCUGACUACAACAAUAGCAAGAGGACGGACGUGAGCCCCGCUGUAACACACACACACACAUCAAGAAUACUAUUGGUUUCCUCUAGAACAUACAAGUUCACCCCAACAGAUGUGGAUUUACAAUAUAAGGAAGGUGAUCCUUUUGUCUCUCAGAUCGGCACAUGUCCCGGAGCUGACUUCACGGAUCUUGCGGAGAUCGUGUCCAGGAUAGAGCCAGUGCAAAGCUACGUAGCUACAGAAGCGGAUGAGUCAGACUAUCUGACGGAGUACGAGGAAGAUGGGAUGGACACGGUGAGAGAGGAAGAGGGGGAUGAGGACGAGCAUGAGGAAGCUGAGGACCACUCCCCAGGAGAAUGGGGUCAGAAUGGCGUUUUCCAGACCGAUGAGGAGAAAUCUGUGAGGCAACGGUGGAAACUUGCCAGCGAGUCAAACGCUUCAGACAGCUGACAGAAGGGCCCGGACCAGCAGAGGACAAAAUCGAGGGUCAGACGACCGAGGGGCCAUAAACUUAUGACUUAAGACUUGAAAUGUGGAUGCCACACUCAACAUCUGAAACUUCUGCAACGUCGGAGCAGUGUUAUUUAGGGGGUUUUCUUUGUUUUUCUUUUUGAUCAACUUCAAGAACCAGUUUUGUUCCUAUUGUGUCGCAUUUGCUUUAACAUCUGUGGUCCUAAAUGUAAGCAGUUUCUCCUCUUACAGACACUAAGCUGACCUGAAUUUAUAUCACUAAACAAGCUCUCUAAAUUUGACUUUAAGUUAAUAAUUUCUAGAAAAAUACAUUGGAUUUGGCAAAGCGUCUCUCUAUUGAGGGUCUGUUUUAUUUCACGGUCCUCAUUUGCUUUUGUGCGUUCGCUUGUAUGGGCGUGUUUUACGUGUGCCAUUUUUAUUUCAGAUUGGAAAAGCUUCGAUUAGCUUGUUACCAACACAGCGCUAGGAAAACACACUGUUAGACAGGCAAAGUGUAAAGGUAAAUAUAUGAAAAUCAGGUGGGGCUUACGGUGAAUAAAAUAAAGCAGCAUUUUAUUUCACAGGAAAAACGAAACACAACUUGUAUAUUUAGAAUUCAGCAGAGCAAGGUGAACUAAAGGUGCUUUUUCCAGACUAGAUCCGUUGUGAGGAAGGGAUCAGAACAGCCUAACGACUAGAUUCUGAGCAUUUGUAGGAGUCAGAAACUGUUUCAUUUUAGAGAUCAUGUCGGAACGCGUUAAAGCCUUUUUAACCACACUACGCGGCGGUCAGUGAACGCGACUGCGGCGCGUUUGUUGGACUCGCUUCACUAAACAAACAAGCGUGUUGGUUCUGUUUGCACAAUGUCAGCACUCAGGGUUCCUGCGUAUAACUUGAUGUUCACAGGGGAAGGCGGCAAAAAUGCAAACAAAAAAAACAGGUGAACAACUGGGUUUGGUUUUUUUUUUCCUUCUUUUUAGCUUGAUUCUCCAAUCGGGUGCACACACACACACAAAGAAAAAAUCCCCAAAUCUAAUGUAAAUAUUUAUUGGGCACAAAAAAUACGCAGAAAUCCCGAGUCACCUCAGCGAUACUUCUGUCUGUUAGAAACUGUAACAAGAUUAAAACAUGUUUAAUAACGUCAGAAUUCAUCCAUGUAUAUGGGAGCGAUUUUGUAAGUUGACGCUUUGCUGCAUAAUAGGGAACCUAAACCAAAAAUAAUAAGUUGUUCUCUAAACACCUCUUAUGUUUGUUUCAGCAUUUGCUGGUCUGUUUUGUUUUAUUAUUAAUUCUAUUUAUUUUUUAACUUAUGCGUCUACCACUGGCUGUGCAAUUUAACGAAAGGCGGUCAAGUGUUGUUUUAAUUAACAUGGCUUUAGCUUUUUGCACUGAAAUGUUUGAUGUACUCUUUGCUAGGACAAGGAUUACACAGAGGUUGUAAUUUAUGAUGCAUAUUGGGAAAUAAACAUAACAUUUACCCUGACCUGCUUGAAAAUGUUGUCUUAAAUCACUUUGUUUAAAUGAUGAUACAACGCAAUUCACACGGUUCGUUGGUCGGUUGCGGAGGUCGAUGUUUGCUUUUCGACACGUGCAGCUGAAGUUCUCCACACGCAGUUUGCAGUUUGUUUUUUUUGGAUCACAUUAGUGCAUUUCUCAGAAUUGAAAUAAACCACCUGUUCAAUCUUCA